ACUCUGUUUUCACCUUUUUAACUUUCCCGCCUCUCUCUGUGCCUGCAAUUUCCUCAUUCUUUUCUUCUUGGUUAUUCAUGUUCAGAAUUUUAGAUGAUUUGUGGGCUUUUUCUUCUCUGCGGAUUCUGAAAAUGUAUUGAAGGGAGUAAAAAACAGAGAUGAAUUACAAGAAAGCAUCUUUGCAUCUCCAAAAUGUGAAGAAGAUGGAAACUCAGAAGGCCAGGCUAAACCGGGGCCAAUUAACUCGAGAAAGAAAAUUGGCUCUAUUGCAAGAUGUGGAUAAGCUAAAGAAGAAGCUAAGGCAUGAAGAGAAUGUUCAUAGAGCUUUGGAGAGGGCUUUGUGUAGACCCUUGGGGACCUUGCCUCGCCUUCCUCCUUAUCUUCCUCAAUCUACACUAGAGCUUCUUGCUGAAGUAGCUGUUCUUGAAGAGGAGGUUGCUAGGCUAGAGGAACAGGUGGUGAAUUGUAGACAAGGUCUCUAUCAAGAGGCUAUUUCCACAUGCUCGACGAGGAAUGUGAAUCAUUCUCCGCCUUCUGGUGAACUGCCCAUUAAUGGUCCCAGAAAGAGGCACUCGAGAUCGUUUUCUCAAAGUGAGGUCAAUGAAAGACUGUCCGUGGCACAGCGUUUGCCCUCGCUACCCAGGAGUUCUUCCACCAGAAGACUAAUCUUUGCAGAUCCCGGUUUUGAUGGCUUGAGGGAUAGGCCAGCAAAUGGAAAUCAAGGUAUGGAGAAAUCGAAUGUCUUUCUGGAAGACGGGUUAGGAAAGGAGAAUCACUCGUGUGCUAAUUCUACCAAGGAUAAACGAUCCCUGGAGAAGAAAAAGUGUGCAAUACAAAGCCCCGUGAAGAGAACUUCAGUGAGACCUAAAUCAAUCUGCAAAGACACUGAUCCUAGGAAUUUGCAAGGCAGAGGCAUUGAGCAAGGACCGAAGCGCUCUUCUUGUUCGUUAGGUGAGAAGGUAUUGGAAGAUGAAAGCAUAGCAAACAAAAUCUCGGAAGACAUAAUAAAAUGCUUGUCCACCAUAUUCUUGAGGUUGACCCGAUUCAAGGGGAAGACAAUGGACUCAGAAUUCUUUUCCCAUGAAGGCAGUAUGGAAACAGACUUCCGGGACCCCUAUGGUAUUGCUUCACAACAUAGGAGUCAAGAUAUCGGUCCUUACAAGUAUCUUUGUACAAUUGAAGCUUGCUCAAUGGAUUUUAACCGCAAAACCAAUGCUUCGUUCCUGAUUAAUAGACUUAAGAUCCUCUUUGGCAAGCUAGCCUCGGUGAAAUUAGAGGGUCUGACACAUCAACAGAAGCUUGCAUUCUGGAUAAACGUAUACAAUUCCUGCAUGAUGAAUGCAGUUUUAGAGCAUGGGAUUCCUGACAGUCCUGAAAUGGUCGUCACGCUAAUGCAGAAGGCAAUGAUAAAUGUAGGGGGGCAUUCGCUAAGUGCAAUCAUGAUCGAGCAUUUUAUCUUGAGGCUACCAUAUCACUUAAACUACACCUGCUCAAAGUCAGCGAAAAAGGAAGAGCUCAAGAUUCGCAGUAUUUUUGGUCUGGAGUGGUCUGAACCUUUGGUCACUUUCGCGCUCUCUUGUGGAAGUUUGUCUUCCCCCGCUGUAAGGGUGUUCACUGCGUCCCAAGUGGAGAGCGAGCUGGAAAUGGCGAAGCGAGAGUAUUUACAAGCGGCGGUUGGGAUUACAAAAUCGAGGAAACUGAUAAUCCCGAAGCUGUUGGAUUGGUAUCUGCUCGACUUUGCAAAGGACUUGGAUGCAUUGCUGGAUUGGGUGUGCCUGCAGCUGCCAGAUGAACUUAGGAUUGAAACACUAAAGUGCAUCCAGAGACAAGGGACAGAGCCUCUUUCACAACUGGUACAAGUAAUGCCUUAUGAUUUCAGCUUCAGGUACCUCAUUGGAAGAUGAAAAUUAAUCUUUUUUUGUUUUUAACUUUUGUUUUUUCUUGUCUUUCUAUACCUACAGAUAAGCAGAAAACAGGUAGAUAAAAAUAAUCUUGAUUUCUGUUAUUUGUAAUAGAAGAGUAGGGGAGUGGUGAUUGGUCCAUUUGAUAGUUAUUAAUAAAUGCUAAUCUAACUGAAUUAUUUCUUUGAGUUAAUUACCAAAAUGAUCCUCACUAUUGCGAAA